ACUCUGCUGAGUACAAGUUCAGGUUCAUAACAAACCAAGAUAAUUUCACUGGUUCACCUGGAGUCACUCUGUCUGUUACAGACCUCCAGGUGCAGGUGACAAGAUCAUGGACCCAGGCAGAGCUGAGGUGUCACAGCAGCUGUAAUGUACCUGAUAAUCCUUCAUAUGUCUGGUUCAAUAAUGGACAGAAAAUGGAUGGAGAAACAUCUUCUUCUCUCAGAGUCUCUGUUGAAGAUAACAACAGCUAUUCCUGUGCUGUUACAGGAUAUGAAGAUUACCGCUCUCCUCCAGUGUAUGGUCCAAAGCUUCCCUCUGUGUCAGUGAGUCCCUCUGCUGAGAUAGUGGAGGGCAGUUCAGUGAAUCUGACCUGUAGCAGUGAUGCUAACCCAGCAGCUAACUACACCUGGUACAAGGAGAAUGAAGACUCACCAAAAGCAUCAGGACAGAUCUUCACCAUCACUGAUGUUAGACCUGAACACAGUGGGAAUUAUUACUGUGAAGCCCAGAACAGAAGAGGAAGUCAGAACUCCACCUUACAUCUGAUUGUUGUAGCAGGUUCAAUGAAAUCAGUAGCUGCUGGAUCCAUCACUGCUAUUUUCCUGGCUAUCAUAUUCCUCUGUGCCUUCCUAUUUAUUAAAAGAAAGAGGUCCUGGAAACGAACCAGCGAGCCUGGAGAGAGACCAGACAACCAAGCUCAGGGUUCAGUGUAUGACAGCCCUUCAGCUCCAGUCCAGAGAACUCCAGCAGAGAGCAACGAAGACCAUUGCUAUGCCAGCUUAAGCUUCUCUAAAAACCAGGAAGAUGCUCUCUACUCCAUCAUCAGGCCAGCGCAGCCACACAGACACAAGGAGGAAGAGGAGGACGAGGAUGAGUAG